GGCGACAGGCAUCGGGCCCCCAAGCGGAGCGGUGGGCACCGGGCCCCCAGGAGGGGCGACAGGCAUCGGGCCCCCAGGAGGGGCGACAGGCAUCGGGCCCCCAGGCGGGGUGACAGGCAUCGGGCCCCCAGGAGGGGCGACAGGCAUCGGACCCCCAGGAGGGGCGACAGGCAUCGGGCCCCCAGGCGGGGCGGCGGGUGCCGGGCCCCCAGGCAGAGCGACAGGUCUUGGGCCCCCAGGCGGAGCGACAGGUCUCGGGCCCCCAGGCGGAGCGGCGGGCGCCGGACCCCCCAGGCGGAGCGACAGGUCUCAGGCUCCCAG